UUCUCUUCAGGUGAUGAGCAAGGCCCGUGAGGAACAUAACCGCGGCCCAGCUAAUCCGCAACUAACAUCAGAGUACAAUCUGUGGGAGGAGCACUGGGUCAGUUGUUCUAAAGAGCUCGGUCAAUGGGAUUUGCUGAUGGAGUUCGGAAAGACUAAGGGCCACACUAAUCCUUUCCUGGUUCUAGAGAGUGCAUGGAGAGUCCCUGAGUGGCAAUCAAUGAAAGAAGCUCUUGCACAGGUUGAAGUCAACUUCCCGGAAUCAAUCGCGUACAAGUUGAACUUAUAUCGAGGUUACAUAGCUAUUUGCCAUCCGGAUGAACAACACCUUAACAUGGUCGACAAACUUGUAGAGCAUUCCACAACUCAAGCAAUUCGCCAGUGGAGACGCUUACCUCCGAUUAUUUCACAGCAACACAUUCCACUCCUACAGGCGGCGCAACAAAUUAUGGAGCUUCAAGAAGCUGCUCAGAUUCACACGGGUCUACAACCGCCGAAUGUUGGACGAUCGACUAGUCUACAUGAUAUGAAGGCUAUUGUGAAAACAUGGCGUAAUCGCCUCCCCAUGCCGUCGGACAAUUUAUCUCACUGGAGUGACAUCUUUAUGUGGAGACAUCAUCACUAUCAGGCAAUUGUAGCAGCUUAUGAAAGUCAAGCGCAACAUGAACAGGGUUACAUAGCCAGGAAACAAGGCCUCACUGGAGUGUGUUUGGACUCGCUCAGCAGGAUUCACACUAUUCCCAGUGUUCCUAUCGUGGAUUGUUUCCAGAAGAUUAGACAGCAGGUGAAGUGUUAUCUGCAGAUGGCUGGCGGAAUGGGAAAACAAGAGUUGCAAGAGGGCCUUGAGGUCAUCGAGUCUACAAAUUUGAAAUACUUUUCCAAGGAAAUGACUGCAGAGUUCUUUGCUCUCAAAGGAAUGUUCCUCGCUUACAUUGGAAGGUCUGAAGAUGCUAACAAAGCUUUCUCGCAAGCGGUUCAGAUGCAGGACUCGCUUGUGAAAGCCUGGGCACUAUGGGGUGACUACCUUGAUGGUCUUUUUGUUCUAGAGAGGAACAUACAGCUUGGUGUAUCCGCCAUUGUUUGUUAUCUUCACGCCUGCAGACACCAAAACGAGGCCAAGUGCCGCAAGUAUUUGGCGCGAACAAUUUGGUUGAUGACGUAUGAUGACGAAAAGGGCUCGAUCGCUGAAGCAGUCGACAAAUAUUGUGUCGGUGUCCCCCCGGUUCACUGGCUUCCCUGGAUUCCCCAGCUGCUCACGUGUUUGGUUCGACGUGAAGGUCAAAAGAUAUUAAACCUUCUGUGUAAUAUUGGUCGAGUUUAUCCUCAGGCCAUGUACUUUCCAAUUAGAACCUUGUAUCUUACCUGCAAGAUUGAGCAACGGGAGAGACAUAAAAUGGAGGCAGCGAACAUAACAACCCAGCGGUCUUCUACUUCAGGCAGCAACAGUACCGCCUCCUCAGAAUCACAAAACGCGUCUUCAGCUACCCCUAAAACCAGUGCAACCGGUUCAGAAACAGGACAGACUGGUAUCACAGCCUCGUCAACGAGUAAAAGUUCUGGUUCAACGCCAACAAGCGCUGCACCAGAAAAUGCGGCAAGUUCAACAGCCACACCGACAACGCCAUCAACACCCACCCCGAUGCCCACAACAACUACCUCUGAACAGGCUACAGCUUCGACUGCAGGCUCAGCGACCACUUCUACAACUGCCGGCUCCACGACACCAACUACAGCUUCAACACCAACUAGCAGUCAUAGUGACCCAGGGGCGAUAAGAGCCACGGCCCAGAUGUGGCGCUGUAGUAAGAUAAUGCACUUUUUGAGGGAUCUACAUCCAACUCUCCUCUCAGCCCUCGAAGGAGUAGUAGAUCAGAUGGUUUGGUUCCGUGAAGGUUGGCCUGAGGAAGUAUUAAGGCAGCUGCGCCAAGGACUCAUAAAGUGUUAUCAAGUCGCGUUUGAAACAAGAAGCGAUGUUGCAGCUGCCCGAAUCACACCACACACACUGAGCUUUGUGAAGAAAUUAGUCAGCACAUUCGGAAUCGGAUUUGAAUCGGCCUCGAGUGUAUCAAGCACUUUUUCAUCAGCUGCAUCUGAGUCCUUGGCGAGAAGGGCCCAAGCCACGGCUGAAGAUCCAGUAUUUCAGAGGCUGAAGGAACAGUUCGCUGUUGAUUUCGACUUCACUCAACCAGGGUCCAUGGUUCUUCACACUUUGAUCGGUAAACUGAAGAAAUGGAUCAAGACUCUGGAAGAAAGAGCAAAACUUCUCCCAAGCUCUUUUCUUUUGGAGGAGAGAUGUCGAUUCCUCAGUAAUUUCACGACCUCUACAGCAGAAGUGGAGCUUCCUGGCGAGUUUUUGAUGCCCAAGCUCAACACGCAUAGUCCAUACUAUAUUAGGAUCGCUCGCUUUAUGCCGCGGGUUGAGCUCGUUCAAAAGCACAACUUUUCUGCUCGGCGCCUUUACAUCCGGGGUAAUAAUGGCAAGAUCUAUCCAUACCUGGUAGUGAACGAUGCGUGCAUGACGGAAUCGAGAAGGGAAGAGAGAAUUCUUCAACUGUUGAGGCUCCUAAAUCUUUAUUUAGAGAAGAGAAAGGAGUCCUGCAAAAGACACCUGUUAUUUACGGUACCGCGUGUUGUAGCUGUAUCACCUCAAAUGCGACUCAUAGAGGACAAUCCGUCUUUCAUUUCUCUAAGGGAGAUCCUAACUGACCGUUGUGACAAGAAACACGUGGAGUCUGACGCACCAAUCGCGUUGUAUUACGAGCGCCUCGCUUCUGUCCAGUCACGUGGCUGUCAGGUGACUCACCAGGUUCUAAAGGACAUUCUCAGAGAGGUGCAGCUCACACUGGUGCCAGAAGUCCUUCUCAAAGAAUGGGCCCAGUACACGUAUCAGGAUCCCUCUGAUUAUUGGACCUUCAGGAAACAGCUUUGCAUUCAACUCGCUCUCUCUGGUUUUGCUGAGUUCACUCUGCAUCUUACAAGACUGGGACCAGAAAUGCUCCAAAUUGCGCAGGACUCGGGCCGACUAACUGUCUCUUACAGCCGCUUUGAGCUGGACGACACAAAAGGCGAACUGGACGCGAACCGUCCCGUACCUUUCCGACUAACUCCGAACAUUGCCGAGUUCGUUACGCCGGUCGGUGUGAAUGGAGUGAUGACGGCAGCGAUGGUGUCAGCGGCGCGGUGUUUAGCUGAGCCUCAUUUCAGUGUUCAGAGUAUCUUGAAAGCUGUGUUGCGAGACGAGAUUAUUGCUUGGCAUAAAAAGGAACAAGACGAGGCCCACACCUUUCCCCUGAGUAACCCACCGACUGAUAUGGACAGCGAGCUGUUAAUUACACUAGUGAACGCAGCUGUGAAGGCCAUUACCACUAGACUACAGAACUUGGCACAAUACGAGGGAGGGGAGACUAAGGUGACAACUCUGAUAGCAGCGGCCACUAGCCCUGAUAAUUUAUGCCGCAUGGAUCCAGCAUGGCACCCGUGGCUCUAGAACACUUUAUCCUUCUAGUCCAUGGCGAAAAAGGAAAAAGGCAUAUACGGUUGUGAUUUCAGUUUAUCAGGAGUAAUAUUUAAGAACAUUUCCUCAGAAUUGUCUUGUUUCUCUGAACACCUCAGAGAUGUUUUUGUCCUUAUUAACAGUAACCAUUUGGUUUCAAGGCAUUUUCUGGUCAAAAUGCUCACUUAGUUUUCACGUCAUUGUUUCUUCAAAUACUUCGCUUUCCACAUUAGAUUUGUGUCUGAGCAGCAAGGUUUGUAUUGAUCAUACAUAUUUUAGGUCGGUAAAAUUUUUAUAGUUACGUUCAACUGCUCUGACUGAAUAACUUAACACCCUUAACUACAUAGAGAUCUCAUGUAUUAACUUUAGCAUGACAGUCGAAUUGUCCAAGAACUAACAUGGAAUCACGCAAAAGUUGUGCAAAAGUUGUGAAGAAGACUAAUUAUUAGUAGCUUAUCUCAUGUUAGGAUCUUGCAAAUCAUGUAGAAGCAGUAUUGUAAUUUA